UAUUGUGUUAUACGUGAAAAUGUAUGUCCUAUUUUCACACGGUGUACGAAAAUUAGACGUUCAUUGAAAUAAUGUAUGAUAUUACAUUUAUUUUUAUGAAAAUUUGUUGAUAUUCUAAGUACGAUUUUCGAUAUUAAAUCCAGUUCACAAAAAUGGAACAAGCGCAUCAAGUACUACAAGAACUCGAAGCUGCUGGCAGAGUUAUGCUUGCAUCGCCUUCACUUGUUUCCAAUGAACAACGCUGUGCUGCUGAACAAGUAUUCAUGAAUUUCCGCAAAACAAACAUGCCUUAUUCGAUAUGCCGUUAUAUACUUGAUUGCAGUAAAGUUGAUUUUGUGUUGUUUGAAACUGUUGGUACAUUGAGAGACGCACUUAUUAGAGACUGGACUCUAUUGUCUCAAGAACAAAAAAAUGAACUCAGACAGUAUUUGUUCCAUUUUAUCAUGCAGGAAGGUAACAUAGCACCUUUUGUUAGAGAACGAAUAUUGCAGGUAAUUGCAAUCAUGAUUAAACGAGGAAGCGUUGAAGACAAAGGUCGAGAAAGGGAAAAUAUUUUAAAUGAAGUAGAAAAAUUAAUUUUCAAUGGUGAUCCAAAAAAGCAACAAAUUUUAGGCUGUUCAAUAAUUUUAGCAUUAAUGCAAGAAUAUUCUACUACAGUUAAAUCUACUGAUGUAGGUUUAUCAUGGGAAUCACAUUAUGCCGCUAAAAAAGAGUUUGAGGCUAAAGACUUGAAACGUAUAUUUUUAUUUAGUACACGAGCACUAAAUGAAAUGCAAAAUCUUUCACAGCCGUUGUCAUCUGACACAUUGGCUGUUCUCAAACAAUUAUUAAACAUUUCUGAAAAUGUUUUAGUAUGGGGAUUUAUUUCUACUAGCAUGCCUAAGCGUUUAGUGGGAAUGUUUGAAGUAAUAUAUAAUUCAGAAAAUAGUCCUACAUUAAAACUUGGAUCAGAAUGGAGAGAUAUUAUUACAAAUCCCAGCACUGUUAAUUUAUAUUUCCAAGUAUAUUGGUUAGUGCGGGAUAAUCCACAAUUCUCUCAUCACUGUAUGAACUGUCUCGUCCAGCUGUCUUCUAUCAGUGGCAAUGUAUGGGUUGAUAUGAACGAGCGUUUGGCAUAUAUGAAAAAUUAUUUAGAAAAUUUCAUAAAAUUAAUAUCUAUGGUCAAAGUCUUAGAUAGAGAAUCAAUUGGUAUUUCUACUAUUAUAAAACGAGUAAUAAGUGGAUAUCCUCCUUCAGUUUUUAGUCAAUUUCCUUCUGAACUUAUUAAAAGUUUUUUAGAACACAUUACCAUUCUUACUUGCCAGUUUGCUGAGGGGGCUGCUACUGAAGAGAAUUUAUGCCAAGAUGAUCAAAUGUAUUUUGAAGCAUUUAACAAUAUUUUACAACCAUGGGUGUCCAUAAUUACCAAUAGUAACCAAGCUUUUCCUGAAGAUGUAUGCAAAAAUGCAUCUAUACAGAUUUUUAACACGUAUUUAAAAUGUCAUAUAUCACCACCUAAUGGAACUAAGACUAAUAUUGAUACUGAGUUUAAUAUAAACGAAGAAGAUGAUCGUGUAGCUAAUAAAGAACAACUACAAUAUAUUGGAAUAUUUGGUAGAUUAGUUCUGGAACACACCUUACCACUGUUGGUAACUUUAAUAGAAGGUCAAAUUAAAGAAAUGCGAACAGUUAUUGAGCACGUUCAUAGUGGUGGAGGAAGUAAUUGGUCAGAAUCUUUUCAACAACAUGUUGACUCAAUCCAUGAAAACAUACAUUGGAUGUUUUUAAUAGCAGGGCAUGUACUUACUGUUGAUAGUGAGGGUGAACCCAGUAUGAUUCCAUCUGAAAUUAUGCAUCAUAGCAUUAAACAAAGUAAGAAGGUCAAUAUUGAUAUGACACUAAAAUUCCUUAUGAAUCAAAUGUUAGUAAUGGACGUUCCUGGUUCGGAAGAAGCUAUAGAUGAUGUUGUCAAAUUAGUGUCAGUUGCGUUUCAUUUGUCAGAAUUAGAAAAAAAGUUGAUUGAAGCAAAAAUGGAGACGUUUUGUAGUCCAUUAGUAAGUGGUACUAUUGUAUGGUUUUUACGUGAAUUUUCACAAGCGUAUUUAAUGCCUAAUGAAACUUAUUAUAAUGAGUUAAGUAUGCCAUUAUUAAAAGCAUUCGGUCAAAACACAGAUACUGCAAAUUGGGUAUUAAAUUAUUUACUUCAUAAAGUGAAACAUAACAUAAAAUCUCCUUUGUAUGUUGAUAUAAAUCUUAUUGAAGAUACAGUUGGCUUAUUAAUUGCACUGGUAGAUGUUAGACACAAAGCUGAAGUUGUUGUAAACUGUGAAGGAUUUGGUCAACUUUUCCAUCUACAAGAAAACGUUCAUAAAGACCAGUUAGUUCCUGAAGUCAAACAAGGAUUGUAUAAAGCAUUUUCAUUAGUUGGAGAUGCUUUCAACAAUAAAGAAAAACAAAAUGAAUAUUUUACAAGUGUAUUAAAUCCUACACUCGAGAAGUUUAAGAAGAUAAUUUCUAACGUAAACUUUAGGAAAACAUACAAUGAAGAUGAAAUUAGAUUAGAAAUAAUGGAUAUUCUCCAUAAAUGUAUUGGAUUAGCUAGCGGAGCAGUAAUAAAUACAACAGACACAAUAUUUUCUAUUUUAUAUCCGACUCUGAAUGAUUUUUCAAUGCUGAUUGGCUUAUAUCAUAAUUAUCAACUGAUUGUUCAUUUGAUUCUUCAAUUCUUUUGUGAGGUUUCAAAAAAAUUAUUAUGUUUUCUUAAAAUUGAAGAAAGUGAUAGAUUUUAUGGAUCGUGCUAUCAAUUAGUUGAUAUGUAUGCUCGUUACAAUAUUAACAGACUUUCAUUAGACUCUGAUGCUGAAGAUCAGUGUUAUCAAGAUCUUUAUAUUUUUUUAGACCUCCUUACUCACAUUAUGUCUAAAGAAGUUCUGGACCUUAGUUCUGAUGGUAAAAACACUAAUGGAAAAACAGCCGGGGAUGUCUGUGUUUAUGGACUUCAAAUAAUUUUGCCUUUGAUGACUAUUGAUUUAUUGAAAUUUCCUUCAUUGUGUUCUCGGUACUAUAGAUAUGUUUCCUACAUGUGUGACAUGGUACCUGCAAAAUUGUGCAUUGAUAAUGUUGAAAUUUUUAAAGGCGUAUUAACUACAAUUGAAUUAGGAUUGACUAUGUUUGGACAUGAAAUUACAUCAUUGUGUACAGACUUCCUACAAGCGUCUGCUUCAUUUUUGUAUAGCAAAGAAAAUUGUACUUUAUAUGAAGCAUAUAGCUUAUUGAAACCUUUUCUAAAGUUUUUAAUGGAACUUAUUAUUUCGUGCCAAAUUAGUUCAGACGCGUUAUCAAACAUUGGCCACGUACUCUAUACAUUGAUAUGUUGUUAUCCGGAAGAGUUUCAACAAAUAUCUAUGCAGUUGAUUACCAAUCAAAACACUACUUUAAUAUCUGAACGUCUAAGAAAUGCCUUAGAACUACUAACCAACAAUAUAGAAUUCAAUGGACAGCGUAUUAUGAAAUGUCGUUUUAAAGACAAUUUUGACAGCUUUUUGACUAAUGUACGUGGGUUCCUAUUUAUAAAGUGAUAAAUUAUGUAAAUAUGUGUUAUAAUAAAUAACCCGACAUAUAUUUUUAUCCUACUGGAAGUUCACGUCUCUUUCUGGUAGUCUUGUUAGCUGACAAGUAUCAGAAAAAUAAGUGUAAAACAAAUUUUGAGUAAGUGUAUGCUUCGUCCAGACUGUGUUUGCUUUUUAAUAUAUUUAACUAUGUUUAGUGUUUUCCUGUC